AUGUUAUUGAAAAAGGAGACAAGUUUGGAAAAUAUUAAAGGAGAUGGCAUAUUUCUGAAAGGAAGUGUGAAGAAAGGACAAGUUCUUUGUCUAUAUCCUGGAUUAGUAUACGAUUUUAGUGAUCCAAUAUUCUUUCAAUCUAUUGGAAAUAUGUUUAUUAAUCAAAGAUCUGAUUAUUGUAGAGUGGAUGGAAAUGAUAGAUUUAUAUCAAAAAUUUAUUUUAAAUCAUAUGCUAAUAGAGAUAAUAUCAUUCUUUCAAAUGGACAAUACAUUAAGCAAUGUGAUUCAAGCUGGUUAAAUUUCAAAUAUAUUCACGAUGAUGGAAAUGUUGAAAAUUAUUGGAAAAUUAGAAAGCAAUACUCAAUUUUAAACCAUUUAAAUAUUGGACAUUAUAUCAAUUCACCAGUUUCUGAAGAUAACAAGUUUAAGAGUAAUGUCAUGUACUUUGAAUAUGACUUUUUAUACAAUGACUGGCCAUAUCACCUCAGACAAUAUAUUCCAAAUGUUUUCUACAAACAACCGUAUGAUAGUUCACCAGUUCUUACAAAAUCAAUUUUAUUGAUUUCCUUGUGUGAUAUUGAAAGUCAAGAUGGAAAUAUAGAGUUAUUCGCCAAUUACCUUCAUUUAGAUUCAUAA